AUGACGCCCAAGAAUGCCCAAGAAACGCUUGGUGUUGUCGGCGAUACUAUGCCAUUGCGCCGCGCCAGUUUUACCACCCUCAGAAAACUUCGUAAUACUAACAACUACUCCUAUCAUGACUACCGGCGUGCAAUCGCUACUGGCCAGCUGAAGAUGAUGUACAACAGGGGUACUACUACUAGUUCACGCUCUUCAUUCCAUUCGCUUAGAGGCGCUGCAGCACGAUCUCUUGAGGAACCCAUCGUAGUUGCAGGCCAUACGUGGUGUCACCUCGGAUCUGUUCUAUUUCACAGUUGGGUCCGGGGGGACGAACCAAUCAACGCCGAUGUUGACGAUGAAUUGCUGGGACGUGGUACCUUGUUUCCGAAUCAAGAUAUGGGUGCAGUCGACACCAUGAUCGAGAGGGGCAUGGUGAUGAUGCGGGACCAUCUUGCAGCUGUCUGCCACAAGUCGACUACACCACCUAUGACCGGUACCGCUCGUGGUGUCAUUCGUCCCCCUGAAGCACCUCUGCUUUCGAUCACCAGGCGCGCUCGCAACCAGGCAAGUCUUGAAACCGGGGAGUCUCAUGUGUGA